AUGGGCAACCGCCUCGCUCGAGGAGAAACCAAGAAGAAGCCCGGCGGCGCCGUGAGAAUCAAGGUGCUGCUGAGCCGCAAGGAGCUGGCGGAGAUGAUGAGCGGCGGCGCGCCGUCGCCGGAGCAGAUGAUCGCCAUGCUACGGCGAAGGGCCGCCGCCGAAGAUAGAGGCCGGACGGCGGCGGUGUGGAGGCCGGCGCUGGAGAGCAUCCCAGAGGGCAAAGAUCCCUUCUGA